AUGACCUUACUCCAUGUCUACUUUGCACUACGCAAACAGCAAUCCUUCCACCGCCUGCUUAACGGCGGUCCUGGACAGCCUUCCACCUCCGUCAGUACCAGCAGUGGAAAAUCAUGGAAGCGUGCGGGGGCAUUGAACAUAUCCCUCGAAAUCAACGCUCUCGAUGCACUUGGCCGGUCCGUUCUGCAUCUAGCAUGCGCCUCCACCGAGCCUUCAAGCUUGGAGUAUGUCCGCAUGCUCCUUGCCCACCCGGCUAUCAAUGUCAACGUAUUGGACAAGGAGAGCCACUGGACACCCUCACAUAGAGCCCUAUAUGCGGGCAACGUCCCCGCCGCGAUUCUCCUUUUGAAGCGCCCGGAUAUUGACAUGUCCAUCAAGGACUUCGAAGGGUACACUGCUUACGACGUCUAUAACUCAACCGUGAGAUCUACAAAGCCUACUGCGGACGAAGAGGCUCUUGCAGAGCUGUUUACCUGGGGCACGAACAGAAACGCAGCGUUGGGACUGGGAGAUGGUAAUGAUAGAUCACAUCCUGACCAGGUCGUCGUUCCCCGUAAGGACGAUGUAGCGCGUCAGUACAACAAGACCCUGGACGACCGCUUCGCCCCGAUUCACGUCCAGCAAGUGUCAAUGUCUAAGCUCCACACAGUUGUACUCACAUCCGAGCCUCGGGAUAACAUCCGCGUGUGCGGCUUUGGUAGUGGAGGACGUUUGGGUCCCAGUCAACAUACGCAGUAUAGUCUCAUGCCCCUUCCUGACAUCAAGCACACCAUCGAGUCCGUUGCACUUGGCCAAGACCACACCGUCGCACUCACUUCGACUGGAGAAAUUCUCACAUGGGGACUCAAUCGCUUUUCUCAGCUUGGCUACGUCAUCGAGGUCUCAUCUUCCGGAAAACAUGACGAGCCUAUCCAGGCCACGCCGCGGAAGGUCGGUUCUUUGAAGAAAGAGGUUGUCAAAGGCGUUGCAGCAUGUAAGACCGCUUCUGCUUGUUGGACAAGUACGGAAGUAUGGACGUGGGGCACGAACGGCGGGCAGCUUGGGUACGACAAGGCGUUGGUGCCAGUCCAAGUGCUUCCUCGCAAAGUCUCCAGCAUAGUGAAGCCCGUCCACGCAAUAGCGAUGACGGAAACCCUAAUGGCGUGUCUACUUGUGACGGGCGAGGUCGUUUUCCCUACCCAGAGAUUCCCCUCAGAGAUCUCCGUCUACCGACCCCCGCAAGCGGUCAAGGGUCAGACAAUCACCAAGCUCACGAGCUGCGACGAUACCAUCGCGGCCCUCUCGUCGAGUGGGGAAGUAUUUACAUUUACUUCACCAUCUGUUGGAGAUGGCGAUUCCGCGAAGAGUUCCUCUGCAUUCAAGCCCCAGCGCAUAUGGGCGCUGAGACGCCAAUUCAGUGCUGUGCAGGACGUCGACAUUGGGGCAGACGGAACUGUCAUAGUCUGUACUCGGUCCGGUCACAUCUAUGUCCGCUCGCGGGGCGCCAAAGGAGGUCAGGGCACCGGUGCCAAAGCAUUCAAAUUCCAGCGCAUACCGUAUAUGCAGCGUGCUGUUGCUGUCUGCGCAAACAGCACUGGGGCGUUUGGGGCUCUGCGCGUUGAUUUCAAGCCGCCACCUAUUCACAUCACUACACAUUCGUUUUCAUCUGAUAUUGCUAAGAUCCAACCAUACCUAGGUCUUUCAUCGCGUGCAGAGCCAUCGCCUACUAUGCCAAACGUGACGACUCCUCUCUUGGAUGCUGAUGAAGAUGUCGAGGACGCGUCGAUCCUGGACGAUAUUGGCGAUCUCUCAAAGUUGCUUCAUGAUAUUGCAUUGCCAUAUAACGCCGACGCGAUUAUUAUCACUUCUGGUCCACUACAUCUUCCCGCUCAUCGACUCAUUCUCUCCGUGAGAUGUCCAGUGUUGGGAGACGUUUUGCAUGGCGGUCGUCUAUUACACGAUGAAUCAUCGGGAAUCGAGGUCAGUCUCGUCUCAGCAGACAGGGUCCGCAAGAUCCAGAUCCUCGGGUGUCAUCCUUUCACGGUCCUAAUUCUCCUUCGAUACUUGUACUCGGACGAACUCCUCGCCAUCUGGGAUUUACGCAUCGGAACCCCCUUCGGAUCUCAAUUUCAAACACUCGAUUUGAAACCCGUAGCUGUCAAGGCAGAACUUCAAUCACUUGCACGUAUAUUGGGUCUUCAGCUUCUUUCGAAAGCACUUCGUUCGCCAGGAAAGCGAGUUCCGACUCCUUCGCAGGCAGAAGACUUCCGCCUGCUCUACGAGAGAACCCAGUCACCUGGGCUUUUGCGAAGAAAUACAAACGAAGAUUCUUUUGCGCCUGACGUCGCGCUCCACCUUGCCGACGAAGUAGUUGUUUGGAGUCACUCUGCGGUGCUACAAGCCCGCAGUCCAUUCUUUGCCAGCUUCUUUGGAGAUAGCGCGUGGACAUCUAACCGUCGUGAUAAGUCGGGUAUCAUCGAUGUCAAUCUCAAGCAUUUGGAGUGGCAAGUGAUGGAAUAUGUCGUUCGAUGGAUGUGUUAUGGAGAUGAGAACUUGUUUGAAUCUCUUGACUUUGUGCAAGGGAUAGAUGACUUACUAUCCUUUAUGUUUUCUGUUAUUUCCGCAGCAAACGAACUUCUACUCGAUCGCCUGAUGCUUCUUUGCUCUCAAGUCAUUUUGAAGCAUCUCGAUGCCUACAAUGUGUGCUAUCUUCUCACUGACGCAAUGCAUUUCAACGCGACCCAUCUCGUCGAACGCCUGCAAAGUUACAUCACAGCAAAUUUAGAGAUGAUGCUAGAGGGUCGCAUGCUCGAGGACCUCGACCCUGGCGUCGUGCGACAGCUUUCCGAGUAUAUCUGUAAUGCGCAGAUGACGAAGUCCCUCGUCUCUCGUUCGAACUUGCUGGCGAAUGAGGCGCUGCGGAAGCACGCUGAGUGGCUUGCUCAACAGGAUAUUCCAGUUGUGUUUGCACCCGCAGACAGGCCACAAGUUCACAGGGAUUCUCCGAGGUUGUUGGCUUCGGGCUCGACGAGGACCUCUCCGAUGUCUGUGCGUCCGGCGGCAGAUUCACGCAAGGUUGAUACUGGGCCGGUAGGAGACGAGCUGUUCGCGAUGGACGAAUCCCUGCGGUUGCUGGACCGUCUGGACCAGUACCAAUAUGGAAACGGCCUGUCUCUACGCCUAGGUAUGACUGAUCUCAAGGCUAUUAUGGCAGAGGCUGAGAACACCAGGGUCCUCGGUGCUGCAAGUAGACCAGCGCACGGUGCUAUGGGCAAAUCUAGUCAGGAGUCUUUGACACAGGUGGCUACGCCACAACGUAGAACCGUUGGUUCGUCGUCGAAACCCGACGCCUCACCGACACCGCGUCGAACGCCGUCUGAUCUUGACUUGGGGAAGUCAUCUUCGUUUCCAGAAUCACCCGCCGCCGCAAAGCCAAUGCAUACGAGAACACCUCAGCGGCCGGCUCCUCAAGCCGGGCCGUCAUCUUUGAAGCCUCAGUCGAACACACCUUCACUCGGCCCUGUUUUUUCACCAGUUCGUCAGGCGCCUUUGACAUCCAGUUCACCGGGUCCUCGACAUGUUUCGAAUACGGGUGCUGCAUGGACACUUCCGCCUGUUCAACCAGUGGUGCAAUCGAGCGUUGCAUCAUCCUCGCUUUCGUUUGCUGAGAUACAGCAGUCACAGCUGUUGCAGGGGAUACCUGCACCAAAAGACAAGCGAUCGCUCGUCGAGAUACAAGAAGAGGAGCGAGCCGUUCAACUAGAGGCAGAUUUUAUGAAAUGGUGGGCGGCGGAAGAGGCGCGUACUCAAGCAGAAGCGCAUAGGGCUUCUGAAGCGCUACGUGCUACUCCUACUAAGAGUAAGGACCGAGGAGGGAAGAGGCAAUCUUACAGCACUCGUCAGAAGCCUGGUGAAGCACACCCUACGCAGAGUUCUAGCCGUUCCAGGAAGGGGGGAGGAGGGGGGAAACUUUCGCAGUCCACGACACCGGCGGCUGAUGGUGAAAUGCCGCAGGCUGGAGGCUCUAGUCGGAAGAGUCGAGGGAAACAAUCUGCUAGGUCGACGGUAGAUGGAUCCAUCCCUGGUCGACAGGCCAAGAUUGAAACCAUGUAGCAAGCCUUGAGCCAGUUGGACUACUUAUAAAGAUCGCCGCGGACUCAGGAUGCAUGUAGUAAUUUCAUGAUGAACACUCGUCCGUGUCUCUCGUAUGUGUAUUAAGGCAUGCAAACUUCAUACAUUCAUUAGCAGGAACUGGAGAGGCUGCGGCGUUGUGCUGCUGAUUGAAGCUUGCGGUACAUCAAUCCUCUCCCUUUCGUUUGCAGAACUAUCGAAGAAGUCCCCGGCGAGGACGA